AUGGGAGUUCCAGCAUUUUUUCGUUGGUUAACAAAAAAAUAUCCAUCAAUUAUUGUUAAUUGUAUUGAAGAUAAUCCUUCAACAGAUGCUCAAGGUGUUUAUCAUCCGUUAGAUGAAACUCGUGCCAAUCCGAAUGGAAUUGAAUUCGACAAUCUUUACUUAGAUAUGAACGGAAUAAUUCAUCCAUGUACGCAUCCGGAAGAUCGUCCACCACCAAAAAAUGAAGACGAGAUGAUGAUAUUAAUAUUUGAAUGUAUUGAUCGUUUAUUUUCCAUUGUUCGUCCACGUAAAUUGCUUUAUAUGGCCAUUGAUGGUGUUGCCCCACGAGCUAAAAUGAAUCAACAACGUUCCAGACGUUUUCGAGCAUCAAAAGAGACAGUUGAUAAAGUUGAACAAAUGGAAAAAAUAAAAAAUGAAAUCCGUACUAGUGGCGGUCUUUUACCUGAAGAUAAAAGCCACCAAGAAAAGAGUGAACAUUUCGAUUCUAAUUGUAUUACACCAGGUACGCCAUUUAUGUCAAAAUUAGCCGAUUGUCUUCGUUAUUAUAUAAGACAUCGAAUGAAUACAAAUCCAGCGUGGCGUUCAAUAAAAGUUAUUUUAUCGGAUGCAAAUGUUCCUGGUGAAGGUGAACAUAAAAUCAUGGAUUAUAUUCGUCGUCAACGUGCACAACCCGAUCAUGAUCCUAAUACACAUCAUGUUUUAUGUGGUGCUGACGCUGAUCUUAUCAUGCUUGGUUUAGCAACACAUGAACCAUAUUUUACAAUAAUUCGUGAAGAAUUCAAACCAAAUAAACCACGUCCAUGUGAUAUUUGUGGACAAUUAGGACAUGAAAUGAAAGAAUGCAAAGGUAUUGCUAAAGAAAAAUUUGGUACACAUGAUGAAUUAACAGCACCGAAAAAUUAUGGUGAAACUCGCUAUAUAUUUGUACGACUUUCGAUAUUACGUGAAUAUCUUUAUCGAGAUUUAGAAAUUCGUUUUCAAUUACCAUUUGAAUGGGAUCUUGAACGUGCCAUUGAUGAUUGGGUAUUUAUGUGUUUUUUUGUUGGUAAUGAUUUUUUACCACAUUUACCAUCACUUGAAAUACGUGAAGGUGCCAUUGAUCGUCUUAUACGUAUCUAUAAAGAUAAUGUACCCAAAUUUCAAGGUUAUUUGACAGAAAAUGGAAUACCAAAUAUGGAACGUGUUGAAAUUAUUUUAACAAGUAUCGGUAGAAUGGAAGAUGAAAUAUUUAUGAAACGACAUGAAUCUGAUCAACAACAGCGACAACGUGAACGAAGUCGUUCAAAUAAUUAUCAAUCACCAAAUAAACGACAUAGAGCGACAACAGAACGAAAUGGGCCUGCACCUUUACCUGUUUGGAUGGCAGCUCCUCAACUAGAACCACAACCUAUUGGUCAAAGACCUAAUACCCAUAUUAGUAAUCCAGCUCAAGCUAAUUCACAAUUACGUCAGAUGCAACGUGUCGAUUUUUCAUCAUCUGAUGCAUCGAAUAAUCGACCUGAAAAACGUAGUUACGACGAAUUGGAACAAGAAACACCUGAUUCUUCCAGAUACGACCAACAAGAUUCAGUUCACGAUGAAGAAGAAGAUAACGAUGCAAAUGAUUCAGUUCGACUUUGGGAAGAAGGCUGGCGUGAAAGAUAUUAUAAAAAUAAAUUUAAUGUUAGUAAAAAUGAUUUGGAACAAUUUCGUAUACAAGUUGCACAACAUUACGCACGAGGUUUAUGUUGGGUUCUACAAUAUUAUUAUCAAGGUGUACCAGCAUGGGAUUGGUACUUUCCUUAUCACUAUGCACCAUUUGCAUCGGAUUUUCACCUAGUUCGAGAUGUACCAGUACAUUUUGAUAAAAAAACAAAACCAUUUCAUCCAUUGGAGCAGUUAAUGGCAGUAUUUCCAUCGCAAUCUAGAAAAUUUCUGCCUAUCGAAUGGCAAUCUCUUAUGACUGAAAAAGAAUCUCCGAUAAUUGAUUUUUAUCCAUUAAAUUUUUGUGUUGAUCUUAAUGGUAAACGUUAUGAAUGGCAAGGUGUUGCUUUAUUGCCAUUCGUUGAUGAAAAACGUUUACAUCGUACGCUUGAACAUGUUUACUCUACAUUAACAAUUGAAGAAGGAAAACGUAAUCAACGUGAUUACGAUCGUUUAUAUAUUCAUUCAACUGAUUUAUGUUAUGAUUAUUUAAAACAACUAUAUGUUCCAGGUAUAACUGAAGUCACAAAAAAAUCUUCACUUAAUAUGCCAACAAUGUUAAGUGGUGGUUUGGCAGGAUGUAUAUGGCCCGAUGAGGAUGAUAAUAUAAAACCUAUUGGAGAAGAAGUUAAAGCACCGUUACCUAAUUGCGAAGAUGUAAUCAAUAAUCAAGUUAUUUCUGUUAAAUAUCAAGAUUUACCAUUUGAUGAUGAUUAUAUAUUUAAAGCUAAAUUAUUAGAAAAUAUUGUAAUGCCACAAACAACAUUGAAACCACGAGAUUAUGAUCAAAUGACACCUUAUAGACCAAAUACAGGUUUUGCACAGCGGCAACAAUAUCAAAGAGAUUUCGCACCAGCUCAACGUUUUAUUCGUCAUUCGAUGGGUUCUCAACAAACCGAUCAACAGCAACAACCAGGUGGAUUUUACCCUCAACAUCAACAAGAUAGAUGUUAUCAACAGAACCAGUCAAGUGGGGGCUACCCUUCACGCCAACAUAAUGAUGGUGGUGGUGGUUAUCGUCCACGACAAUCAUAUGAUGGUGGAUAUCGACCACGGCAACCAUAUGAUGAUGGAUAUCGACCACGGCAACCAUAUGAUGGUGGAUAUCGACCACGGCAACCUUAUGAUGGUGGAUAUCGUCCACGGCAACCUUAUGAUGGCAGCUAUCGUCCACGACAACCGAAUGAUGGCAGUUAUCAACAACGUCACCAAAACUCAUAUAAUUCCUAUAGACCGAACUAUUAA